GGUAAGGCUGCCGCACCUCGCGGUAGUCAUGGAGUCUGUCACUGCCGAGGAGCUCCCUGAAGAGGAAGAGGAAGAAGAGCAGGAGCAGCUGUUGAAGCGGCAUCGGAAGGAGAAGAAGGAGUUGCAGGCCAAAAUUCAAAGCAUGAAAAACGCUGUUCCCAAGAAUGACAAAAAGAGGAGGAAACAAUUGAUUGAGGAUGUUGCUAAAUUGGAAGGAGAAAUGGAACAGAAACACAGAGAAGAAUUGGAGCAUUUGAAACUGACUUCACAUGCAAAGAAUAAGAUAGACUCUGUUGUCGUUAACAUUGCAUGUUUGGAUAUUGAGAAUCAGCAACCUCGGAUAUCAAAAGCACAGAAGAGGCGGGAGAAGAAAGCUGCAUUGGAGAAGGAAAGAGAAGAAAGGAUAGCAGAAGCAGAAAUUGAAAACUUAUCUGGAGCUAGACAUCUAGAAAAUCAGAAACUUGCCCGCAUUUUGGCAGCUAGACAUUUAGAGAUUAAACAGAUUCCAUCAGAUGGCCACUGUAUGUACCGAGCUAUUGAAGACCAGCUAAAGGAACAGGAAUGCCUCCUGACUGUAGCUACCUUAAGAAGUCAAACCGCUGAAUAUAUGCAAAACCAUGUGGAGGACUUCCUGCCAUUCUUAACGAAUCCUAAUACAGGAGAUAUAUAUACUUCAGAAGAGUUUGGAAAGUACUGUGACGAUAUUGUAAACACAGCUGCAUGGGGAGGUCAGCUUGAGUUAAGGGCGCUGUCUCAUAUUUUACAAACACCGAUAGAAGUAAUACAAGCAGACUCUCCUCCAAUUGUAGUUGGUGAAGAAUAUUCAAACAAACCUUUAACACUUGUAUAUAUGAGACAUGCCUAUGGCUUAGGAGAGCAUUAUAAUUCUGUGAAACAACUGAUGGACACAGCUACUGAAAAUGGUAGCUAG